GUCAGACGGGAAGCUGGCCACAGGCUCGCCCCCUUGCAGCUGUGCAACUUCAAACUCGAUGACAUCACGCGCUGUUGGCGACGGAGAAACGGAGCAAAAUGUAAGUGCGAAGACGACAUACGGCGCUUGAUCGAAGGUGCGGAGAAGAGAGAAGGCUGCAAAGUCGUUUUCACGUACUUUGAGUCGCGUGUGUCUAACUGCGCGGAAAGCGGUCUGCUUCUUUGGGACAACAUGGAUGGGUCAGUGGAUUAAGACUGGGAGCAAAAGUGCAAUUCUGCUACCAUAAGACAUUUUUUGGCACUUUACGACGUGUGCGUUUAAGGCCGCCAAAACUUUGAAGCGUUAACGGAACGUGAUGGACAAGUCGGGGGCCUGAAAAAACUGUUUCUGCGGACCCUGUUUGCGAAGCGGUGCGCGGUGACCAAUAAGCCUCAGGUUGAGGCGUCUGCUGAAUUUAGUUAGGUAGGACAACCACGUUCGAUUUGCGCACAAGAGAGACUGAUUCCAGUGCGCCAAAGUUGCCCCGGCAACUCUUCCGGGACUUUGAGUUAAAAAAAAAAGAAGUUUUGACAAGGACGAUGGGUGACAACGAGGACGGCGUGGAGAGCGUCAGCUUGAGCGUGCUCGAUUGGGAGCAAGUGCAGCGUUUGGAUGCCAUCCUGGCCGGCUCCAUCCCAAUCCACGGUCGGUGGAACUUCCCUACGCUGGAGGUAAAGCCGCGCGACAUAGUCAAGGCGGUCCGCAGCCGCAUGGAACAAACGCACAUCCGCGUCCGGGAGGUGCGGCUCAACGGCUCGGCGGCCAGCUACGUGCUGCACGAGGACAGCGGCCUUGGGUGGAAUGACCUGGACCUCAUCUUCUGCGCCGAGCUCAAGGGGGAGAAAGACUUCCAGAUCGUGAAAGAUUUAGUGCUUGACUGCCUGCUGGACUUAUUGCCCGAGGGAGUCAAUAAGGAGAGGAUCACGCCUUUGACGUUAAAGGAGGCCUACGUGCAAAAGAUGGUGAAGGUGUGUAACGACUCGGACCGCUGGAGCCUCAUCUCGCUGUACAACAACCGCGGCAAGAACGUGGAGCUCAAGUUUGUGGACUCCCUGCGGCGGCAGUUUGAGUUCAGCGUGGACUCCUUCCAGAUCCGCCUGGACUCGCUGCUGCUCUUCCACGAGUGCUCCGAGCACCCCAUGGCCGCCUCCUUCCACCCCACUGUCUUUGGCGAGAGCGUCUACGGCAACUUCCCCGCCGCCCUGGACCACCUGCGCAAGCGUCUAAUUUGCACCAGGAGCCCCGAGGAGAUCCGCGGCGGCGGCCUGCUCAAGUACUGCCACCUGCUGGUGCGGGGUUUCCGCGCGGCUUCCGACACGGAGAUGAAACUUUUAGAGCGCUACAUGUGCUCGCGCUUCUUCAUCGACUUUCCCGACGUGAGUGAUCAGAGGCGCAAGCUGGAGUCCUUCCUACAGAACCACUUUGUGGACUUGGAGGACAGGAAGUACGACUACCUGGCUGUGCUGCACCAAGUGGUGAAGGAGAGCACCGUGUGCCUGAUGGGCUACGAGCUGCGGCAGACGCUAGGGCUCAUCUCCUCGCUGGCAUGGCGCGCGCUGGCCGAGCACAAUGCCAUCCCCAAUGCCGCCAACGUCACCUGCUUUUACCAGCCCGCCCCGUACGUCUCCAACUGCAACUUUAGCAACUACUAUGUGGCCCAGGUCCAGCCCCUCUUCACCUGCCCGCCCUCGCCACCCCGCCACUACAUUCCUCCCUUGCAGCAUCCCAUGCAUGCUACCUGGCUGCCCUGUAACUAGACCCUGCACUACGGCUGCGCCCUUGACGAAUUUCUCCCAAACGUGCAUUGCUUCCUCGAUGCUGUAACGUUCAACAACAAAGGACGAUCGAUUUUUCACACAGUAUCUUUGUUGUAAGCAGUAAGGGACCAAACCAUUGUGUCAUUAAAAUGACAUAGUUGACUUAGCUUAAUGCUAACAAGCAAUGCAAGAUGCCUUUGACAUGCUAACGGUUAGCAUUGAGUCGCAAUUUUGGAAUCGAUAGAUAUUUGAACAUCAACGGUGGAGCAACACGAAUCGACAUAAGAAUUCUCAGGCAUGAAUACUUUAUCCUCUUUAGAAAAGAGCCUGAUACAGAAUCUUACUGAGUCACUAGGAGUGGCAGUAGAAUAAGUUAUGCAUCUAGAACAGUCAAUGAGAGUGAUGUUCUCAAGAUGAUGAGUCAUGAUCAAAUAUAGCUGGGAUUUUCUGUCAGUUACCAUGUGACACCUUUAAUCAUGCAAAAACACAGAAGUGACUCAAGAGAACAAGAGUGAGGACAAGAGAAACAGCAAUGCAAUGCAAUGCACGUACGUUUUAAUUCUUCACAGCAACUAAGUGCCUAAAAAAAGAAGAAAAAAAUGGAAAAAUAUAUUUUUGCAAUUUCUCGAGGGUGGGGGGUGCAAAGUGUGCUCAGUGGUGUACGUAUUUCCAAGCUAAGAAUGAAUGUAUUGCUAAAUAUGCGGAGUCAGGAUAUAUAUAUAUAUAUAUAUAUAUAUAUAUUUUACACUGAGGCCCCAAGCGUGUUUUUAUUUGUUCAUGUAGUAGUUGUGGCUCUCGCCUGAAACUCGGCCGAUUACCAAAGAGGAAGUAACGACACAUAACUAACUGCACGGUGACGCAAAGAAGUGAAGAGAAGCGGUAGAGUGCUUUGACAUAAAAAUGCUUGCGCUAAUAAAAUAGAAAGGGGAAAAACAACAAGCCCAUUACAGACAGUUUGAUUUCUUAUCAUCCGGGUAAAGGGAUCAUAAAAAUGCUGAAGUGGACAAAAAAAAUUAAAGCAAAUUUUAAUUAUACAGACUAAUUAAAAAAAACAAUCAAUUACACGUCCCAAAAUUCUUUUUUGCUUUUUUUUUUGUGUGUGACCAUUCCAUGUCAUGGUGGUAGUGAGUAGAGGUGGAUGUAUUGAUUAAUGCACUCCAUUUUGCCUUGGUUGAUUCAAGACGGGAUUCAAUUCAGAUUGAACAACUCCUUUCCCUACUGUGAACUGUUGCACAAGAAGCUUUCUAUCUGGAAAUGUUUUGGAGUGGCGUUCCAGUUUUUCUAUCAAUCAGAUUUUUCUUGUACAGGUUUGUCUUUUUUUUUGUGAUAUACAGCGGGCCAAUGAUUGAUGCGAUGACUCGGAGGUGUUAAUUGUGAUCACUGCGUCAUUCAGCACAUUCACCCCUUUGGAGAGAUUGUCCCUGGUGUAUUUUUUUUUUCACACAGAAAUGACAAUUCCAAUGGUGUGCGUGUGCUGGAAUCUAAUGAUUAAAGUAAAAAAAGAAAGA